CUAGAGCGAUGUCAGUGUCCCGCGAGAUUCCUACGCCAACGGUAGGGCGAUCGAAGAAGUCAGUCCUCCGCAAGAGACUCGCCAACGACAAGUGGAAAUAGACAGUUUUUAGAAUUAUUUGAUCCGAAAUUGGAAUCGGCUUCGAAUCGAAUCGGUUGGAAUUAUUUUCGAAGAAAUCAAAUUCUCACUUGGGAGACGAUUAUCGUUUUCAAUUCCCGUUUCUGAUGAUUGCGACAGCGUUCAUCAUUACCGAUUCCUGAAAAUUCACAACCGAUCUUCGAGCUUACUUUCUCCACGAUCUCAUUUGUAAUCUAUCUGUAGAACCAUGUCCAAAAUAAUUGAGAGCAGUUUGGCCCCCGGUGGCCAGGAAGCGCUCAUCGAGAGGCGUCGGGAUGCACCGAGUCUUAUGAUCGGUUCGGUUGAGCUUCGCUUCGAACCCGAAGGACUCGACGAUUUCUACGAAAAUAAGGCCAGAGAGGAACUCAGGGAAACCGACGACGUCGUUGCCCAGGGACUUGAAGGUCUCAGGGAGCUUCUCAAAGGUGAAACGGACCUGAUUGUACCCGCAGAAUCUGAUGAAUAUUUGUACAGAUUUCUAAGACCUUGUAAAUGGUAUCCGGAAAGCGCUUUCGAACUGAUGAAGCGUUUCUACGGAUUUCGCAAAUCACAUCGUCACAUCUGCGACGGUUUGGCGCCCAGUAAUGAGCGGAAGGUCCUAGAAUCCGGCAUUAUCACCCCCCUGCCUCGGAGGUGUAGCAACGGCGUUAGACUGAUGCUAAUCGAGGGUGGCAGGAAGUGGAAACCCAGGGAAGUUACCCUUGAAGAGAUACUCAAGGGGGUCAUACUCAGCCUCCAGGCAGCCAUGGCGGAGCCCAAGACCCAGGUUUGCGGUGUUCGAGUGAUACUUGACAUGGCUGGACUCUCCUUGUCGCACGUUACUCACUUCACCCCAAGUUUUGCCAGGACAGUUCUCGAAUGGGUGCAGCGUUGCAUGCCCUGUCGCCUGAAGGGUGUCCACGUGAUAAAUCAACCCUAUGUGUUCAACAUGGUGUUUGCAUUAUUCAAACCCUUCUUGCAGGAAAAACUUCGGAAAAGGAUACAUUUCCAUGGUACCGACAGAAACAGUCUUCUCGAACAUAUCGACGCGAAAGCCUUGCCCGAUCGGUACGGCGGUGACUUAGAAAUUCCCGACGAACCAGUCGGUACAGCGCUUUGGAAUUACUUCUGCACUUUCGAAGAAGAUUUUGAAGAAUCUAAUAAGUACGGAUACGUCGGUAAAUCCGUGUGAUCGGAAGAAAAAUGUUUCCACCCCAAACAUAAUGGAAGAGAAGAACUAAGCGGUCAAAGAAGACCCCAAAAAUUAUGCAUGCACGUCGUAUAAAAAAAUCGAGCAAACGAUGAAAGUUUUACGAUUUUUUAAGCUAUUUUAGUACCAUAAAAUCGUCUAUUUCUA